AUGCAAAAGCGAGAAAGGGCAGCAACUGUUGCUGCCGUCGCAUAUGGCAACGCUGCCAUCUGCGUGCAGGCAGCGCAGCCGCAAGGCCGCCCUCGUGCAGGCAGCCCCUGUAGCGGCGCCUGCGGCCGCUGCUCCCGCUGGGUGACGCGCUGCAGGGCAGUGGCGCCUGUGGCCGCUGCUCCCGCGGGCAAAAACCCCCCGCAGGGGUGGCCGCCCGGCGAGGCAGCACCGCCUGCGGGCGUUGCCUCGCGGGCAGAACCGCCCGCGGAGGGGGCGGCGCCCACAGGGACGCCCGCCCGGGGGGCAACGCUACCCACGGGGGCGCCCACCUGCAGGGGUGGCGCCACCCGCGGGCGAGUCGCCCGCAGGGGUGGCGGUGACAGCAGGGGCGCCCGCCUGCGGGUGCGCCCAAUUGCAACGGCGGCGCCACCCGCGGGUACGCCGCCUGUAGGCGAGGGCAGCGCCCCGCCCUCCGCCGCACAGCCUGCCGCCGGCAGGGUGGCGGCGGCGGUAACAGCAACAGGGGUGAAGGGGUUAGGGUUUUGGGCAAAAGACAGUUUUGCCCCUGUGUAUUUCAGAAAUUCUAUUUUCUAA